AUAGAACCCAGUUGUCUGUUGUGUUUACAUCAAUACACGUGUUUUAUCUCCUCUUCAGAGACAGUGCCCGCCCUUCCUGACGCAGCAGAUUAGUUGUUAUCUCCUCUCCAGAGACAGUGCCAGCCCUUACUGACACAGCAGAAUGAGUUGCCAGCGAGGAAAUGCUUCCCGCACCCGCAAGCAGAAGCAUAGUAACACUACGGCCUUCAAGAACAACCUCCACGAUAGCAGCAAGCGAACUCGUGCAAUGAACAACAUGGAGAUUACCGAGGUGUGCAAGAGGUGUCAAGAAGUGAUUGCAUGGAAAGUGAAAUAUAAGAAAUACAAGCCUCUAUCACAACCCAAAACCUGCACAAAAUGUUGCCAGAAGAACAUUAAGGAUGCCUAUCACACUGUCUGCAUUUCUUGUGCUAAGGAGUUACAAGUCUGCUGCAAGUGUGGGAAGAAGGAAGAAAUUAUUGCUCAUAAACCUCCAUCAAAAACAGAACACCUCCAAACCAUGGCAGAACUGGAGGCAGAAGUGAAGUGUCUCUCGGAGCGCAAAAGACGGGCAUAUUAUAGGUACUUGGAGAAGCUGGAGGGUAAGACCAAGCGUCGGAAGAAGCCUAUCAAGAGUUCUGAGGUGGAGAGUGUCACCAGUGAACACGAGAAUGAGGAGGAUGAAGUUGCUGUCUCCAUGGAUGAGUACUUCAAGAAUGCUCGGCAAAAAUUGGAAGAACUCAUGAAGGAAAUGGAAGAUGAUGAAUUUUAUGAAGAUUUACAGGACCUGGAUUUGAAUAGUGAGGAUGAGUCACAUGAUGAGGAAGAAGGCAGUGAUGAGAGGGAAGACAGCUGAAAGUGACCAGCAGGAAGGUUAAAGAAGACCUUGAUAUAAUGUGUUGAGGAAGACAUGAGAAGAAUAUGCAUCAAAUAAUAGAUUGUUUAUAUGUUGCUUGGUUAAGGCGUCUUCUAUUUACAACAAUGAUCAGUUCUAGAACAUUGAUCAGGAUCUGAAUCUGACCUGGAUUUGCUUGAGGUAAAAAGAACACUCAUGGCCAUCACUGAUCAAAACAGUAACAACACAAGCAUGUUGCUGCCCAGCUGUCACAAGCAGCAGACUGUUGAUGCUCACCACUGUGCUUUAAGGAAGUGUCAACAAGGACUACAGCCUACUGUACAUUUCCUGAGGAAGUUGGGCUGAGAAGGCCACCAAUGAGUCCCAGCCACAUGCCUACCAAGGUAGCAGGAGACUGGGUUCCAUGCUUAGCCAUGAACAUUGGAUAAUAAAGUUAAAAGCUCUCUUCACACACAACACGUGGGGAAGUACAGGAUGAUAAAAUGAGAAAAUAUUUGGAUGUAAGGUGAGGCUAGCCUGGGCUGUGUGUUGACACUAUUGACACCAUUUCUGAGGCGCUUCCAAAGUAGAGAUGAAUAAUUUUCAACUGAACAAGUAUUAUCUUCCUUUGCUUCACCAUGUAGUUGUUGGGAGAGAUGGUAAUAGCCACAUAAUUAUAAUCAGAAGCCAUUAAACCAAGGCUUGGUGUGGCUUGUAAUAUCUCCCUUUUUUCUGGCAUCUGUCACCAUACCUGGUGUGGGCACAUUCUGUACCAACACCAGCAUUCUGCAACAAUUCAUUACCAUUCACUUUGUUCCUUAGACAUAUCAGCCAUUUUCUUGCUGUGUAUUCCUCUAAAUAAGUCCCCAGUAGAGGCUGCUCAGCUGCUAAUAGGGCUGCCACCAGCAGCUUCAGCAAAUGUCAUCUGCUAUAACCCACCUCUGGACCCAGGUCAUGACCUGGAACACUCAGAUCAUAAAUCCAGAUCAAAAUGUAAACAGAACACAGUCCUCAUGGUCAGCUCAUUGAUCUGAAAUGGAUCAGGGUAAAUAGAAGAUGCCUUUAAGUGCUUCACCUCUGAUGUAAUGUGACCUGUCUAAAGUGAUGGCCAGGGUGACGUGAGGGUGUGGGUACAGUGCUGACACUUUUCGCAAAACAGGAGCUUAAAUACCCCACCAAGUGGAUUGCUCCCCCAGAGGGCAUGUGAUGAGUGAAUCAUGUCAGGUUGAGGUCACCAGGGCCUUGCCAUUUGCAAUGAGCUCAACACUUAUUACUAUUUUUUUCUGUUGAGUAAAUGAUAUAAUUAUGAGACGUCUAGAGCACAAGGGAUGAACUUGCCACAUAUGCUAAAAUUGAGUUCUCACCACAAGCACAAAGGGUGAACAGUUGACUAACAGAUCUCCAUCUUAUAGUACAGGAAAAGGGACCAUAAAAUCCUCCAACUGAGGGUUGAAUGUGGUGUACUUGUUCUUUUCACACCCCUGGUGGGGUGGAGAGCAAAAGAAGCAACUGGAUAGCCUAUGAGUGCUGGAGCUGGGAGGCACACCUCUCUCUCAGCCAAUCAGCAUAGGGUUUAUGGCGUGCUUUAAACCCGCAUCAGCAAAAACAUGCACAUUCUCUCUUCUCUCUCUCUCUCUUCUCUCUCUCUCUUCUCUCUCUCUCCUCUCUCUCUCUCCUCUCUCUCUCUCCUCUCUCUCUCCUCUCUCUCUCUCCUCUCUCUCUCUCUUCUCUCUCUCUCUCUCCUCUCUCUCUCUCUUCUCUCUCCUCUCUCUCUCCUCUCUCUCUCUUCUCUCUCUCUCUCUCUUCUCUCUCUCUUCUCUCCUCUCUCUCUCUCUCUCUCUCUCUCUCUCUCUCUUCUCUCUCUCUCUCUCUCUCUCUCUCUCUCUCUCUCUCUCUCUCUCUCUCUCUCUCUCUCUCUCUCUCUCUCUCUGUCUCUCUGUCUCUCUCUCUCUCUCUCUCUCUCUCUCUCUCUCUCUCUCUCUCUCUCUCUCUCUCUCUCUCUCUCUCUCUCUCUCUCUCUCUCUCUCUCUCUCUCUCUCUCUCUCUCUCUCUCUCUCUCUCUCUCUCUCUCUCUCCAAUGACUGACAUUGAGCUCCAGCAGUUAGGAAGGUGAUGGUGGAGCACAUAAGGUUAUGUGGAAGCAUCAGAGGUGUGAAGGAAAGUGGCAUAAGAAAGUUAUGAAGCUGAAAUGGAACAACAGUGAGGCUUACAUAUGUCAGGACAUUGUCCAAGUACAAGGCAGAGACUGGCCUCCCAUGUAAGUGUUUUGAUGGAAUGGGCAGGACAUCAUAGUUAUUCUUGCUGUUUUUGGGGUACUAGCAGAUUACAAUAAUCAGAAUGCUCAUUUAGCUAGCUGUGUCACUAGGCACGAUGGCAACAGGAGUUGUGUUCGCAGCUGUCAUAGCCGUAGCUUGUGCAGUGAGGAUUAUACACUGAAGGAUGUAAAUGACACUAAGCAGGUGUGUUGUGUUGCCUUCCUUAACAUGCACAGUGCUACUGAGGGAGAGUUCACACUGCAAUAUAUAAGAUCUGCUGUACAAGUGGUUCUGUGGCUGCUGACAAACAAGAGCACAAGGUGCCUCAUAGCAAGUUGUCAUUUGCUAAACAGGGCUUGGUUAAAGAGCACAUUUCAAGCCUUAUAGUCCAUUGACUCUGACCCUUUGGUGUGGCAUGGGGAAGGUCCCAAUAUUUACAGAUCUACUGAUGAUCAGUGCAGGGUGGUCUGUCUCACUGUUGGUCAGUACGUUAUCUAUUUUUGGAAUAUACAUAUAUAUUCAUAAUAUGACUGUAUGGUGUUAUGAAUGACUUGGGAUUUGAGGAAAAGACAAUGACUCUGUAAACUUUCCGUUUCACUUGGCAAAAUGGCUCAUGCGAUGUUGCCGACUGAGGGACCUUGACCACAGGUGGCCUUGAAACUGGUAGGGGUGGCAGGAUGCACCAUUGACCUCUCUGAGUAGAGUGAUGGAGUGAUGUGGCAGCAAUGUGGUCUCCUGGGGAAUCCCCAAGCCACACCCAAACACUUAAGUUAAAAUCGAAGGACUAUAGUACAGUAAGCAGUCAUUACAAGCAUGCGAAAAGUCCUCACAGGAAGUACCUGCCCCCAGGUCUCAACAAUGACAGGUGACAUGGAUUAUGAUAUCCUUGAGUGCUUGAGUAUUAAAGUUGAAAUAUUAAUAAAAACUUAUCAAUAUCAUACCAUUUCUUUCACAUAAAUAUGUUCAGAACACCUUGCAGAACAUCUUUGUGUAUGAUAUGUUAGGCUACAGCCACUCAUAAUACAAAUAUCACAUAAUCUAAUCUUUAAAUGCAAUUAUCUCAAAACUUUAUUUUGGUGAGUUGUGCCCUUGUGGUCUAAACACCUCAUUAUAUCCUAUUUAUAUGCCUUUAGAUUACUGUAUAAAUAUAAUUAUUAAACAACAUAAACCAGGUGUGACUCAAUAAAAGUUCACAUGUCAGGUCGAGGUCACCUCACCAAAUUACCAAUGCCUCAGUCAGACUGGGUUGUUAUGAGUGUUGUCAUUCACGAAGAGUUUAACAUAUUGCCUUCAUUAAAUGAAUAGCAUAUUUCCUACUUAUGCUCUUUCAAAUUACCUUCUAAAUAUAGUUAUACACCACAUAGUUGCUCACCUGAAAACUCCUAUAAAAGUUAAUGAGAAUAACAUUUUCAUGGCAACACUAAAAUAUUUAUGCUACACUUUUUAUCAGCAUAUAGAUAUCUAUGUUUAAUGAUUUUACUUUUGAAAGGAUAUUAUGAUAUUUACAUCAAUGUUAUAUUUAUUAUUGAUCUUAUUUGUAGUGAUUUUUACAUAAUAUCACAGAAGUUAUCUAGCAUAGUUUUAGGAAAAGUGACAUAGUUGUACUCACACCCUGAAGGCAUCCUAGCUGCUUUCACACAUGUACUCUUUUAUCUUGUCCUUCCAUCUUCCUAGUGGCCUUUUUCUCCUAUUAGGAAUUUCAGUUUCAAAUUGCCAUUCUUUACAAACUCUUCAGCUUCUCAAUAUUCUCAUACCAUAUCAAGAAACUGUGACUACAAAAAAAUAGGAGACACUUGUAAGGGAAAAUAAGAACAUUAAACUAAAUGGUGAUAACAAACAUUUGGUUAAGUUAGAUUGGAAUACUGUAUACAUAUGAUUUCCAUGCAAUUUUUUUCCUGGAAAUGUCAGCUUUUGAGAUCAAGACACAAUUUCCGAUAGGAGCAUAACACGACCAUCAUCUAAAAGCUUUUGGUAUCUCAUCUCAGCAACUUUUAACUGACUCUGUUGUGAGUUAUUGGAACCUUCAGUGGGAUCUUUAGGAUUCUAGUUCAGUAAGAACUUGCAUCAUCAGUGGUGAAAACCAUUUUAUGGGAAUCCAAAUUAUCAUGUCUGGUUUUUGAGAAUGAUUCUUAUGAUGUAUUAAAUAUUUCAAGAUGCA